GUACGGGAACCAACGCCUGCUACAUGGAGGAGAUGAAGAAUGUGAAGCGAGUGGAGGGCGAGGCCGGGCGGAUGUGCAUCAACACGGAGUGGGGGGGCUUCGGGGACGACGGCUCGCUGAAGGACAUCCAGACCGAGUUCGACGUGAAGGUGGACAAGAUGUCUAUCAACCCCGGGGUCCACACCUUUGAGAAGAUGAUCAGCGGCAUGUAUCUGGGAGAAAUCGUGCGGCUGCUGCUGGUCCGGCUGACGGAGGAGAAGCUGCUGUUUAACGGACAAACAUCGGAGGUGCUGCUGACCCCGGAAACAUUCGAGACCAAGUUCAUCUCUGAGAUUGAGGAGAAGGAACACGGUCUGGAAAACACGCAGAAGAUUUUGACUAAACUGGGAUUGAAAUGGGAUUUGGUGGACUCCCGCGUGGUGCGUCUGGUCUGUGACGCCAUCUCCUCGCGCUCCGCCCGUCUCUGCGCCGCUGCCCUGGCAACCCUUGCCAACCGUAUCCGGGGGAACCGCAGGCUUGACCAUCUGAAGACCACGGUGGGGGUUGAUGGGACAGUCUACAGGAAACACCCCAAUUUCAGCGAUGAGCUCCAGUCCACGGUGCGCCGCCUCGCCCCCCAGUGUGACAUCUCCUACCUGGUGUCAGAGGACGGCAGUGGGAAGGGCUCUGCCAUGGUGACAGCGGUGGCUCAACGGCUGGCUCUCCAGUCCCGCCUGUUGGAGGACAGUGACGGAGACGAUGAGGAAGAGGAGGAGGAUAAUUAAAGAGAACUCAGGAUGCACAACAACACUGUAUUAGUGUUGGAAGCCUGCAGUGUUGUCAUGCAGCUAAGUUUGUUAUUAAUGUUAUAAGAACGUUUUUGUCUUCCACAACACAAGCACUCUCUUUUGCACUCUCAAUGUUGCAAUGCGUGUUAAACUGCGUGUUAAAUUAUUACAGUUAUCCUUAAACAAAUCCAGUGCAAACAAAUACAGAUAAGAAAGUCAGACAGAAGAAUUACUUGAACCUGUUUAGCAAGCAUAUGUUUUAGUAUUUUUUCAAUAUUUCUGUUUGAAUGUUCAAAAUGUUGCUGCUGUUUUUGUUACAAAUGGGAAAUAAAGGGACACUUUUCACAAGGUGGUACGAGUUA